CUUGGAGGGGGGGGGGGGGGGGGGGGAAUCAUUUUUUGGGGAUUGACUUUGCGAAUUGAUCACAAAAAAAUGCACGUUUUGAAUGUCACUCAUAGCUUCAAUAUUAGUACAGAAGCCGAUGAUGAAAAUGGUGGCAUUGAACAAGAAGACAUCAACCCGGCAGCUAUGGACCAGUCUCCAACCAAGGAAUAUACAAUUAAGGAGACAUUAUUGUUGGCAUACCAAUCUUUGGGAGUUGUAUAUGGAGACCUUGUCACAUCUCCAGUCAAUGUCUUCUCCGCUACUUCCUCAACAAACCUCAAGGAAGAAGAUCUACUUGCCACUUUCAGUCUUUUAUUUUGGACUUUGACAAUAAUUGUUUUGAUCAAAUAUGUGCUCAUAGUUCUUGAUGCAAAUGAUAAUGGUGAAGGUGGAACUUUUGCCCUUUAUUCCUAUCUAUCUAAACACAUUCAUUUGGAGAAGAAAUUGACCAAUAACCAAAGUAGAAAUUUGGGAAGUGAAAUUGAAAAUGAAAAUGUGAUAUACCAUGGCAGAGCCACAAGAGUUACUAGUCCUCUAGGUUUGAAGAUUAGGAAGUUUCUAGAGAAAAAUCACAAAGCACAGAAUUUUCUGGUGUUCAUCGUUUUGAUGGGAAACGGCAUGGUCAUCGGUGAUGGAGCAUUGACUCCAGCAACUUGUGUUCUGUCAGCUAUCCAAGGAAUUCAAUCACUAUCAUCGAAGAUAACACAAGGUGGGAUUUUUAGUUAGCGAAACACAAAUUUUACCAUGUUUAAGCCUGCAACAGUUGACUGGCCUCUCGUCUUGACUCUUGACGGAAUUAAGAAUUGAUUGGUUUUUCCAUGAUGUUAUAGGGGUGGUUUUAAUUACUUAGAUUGUCAUUUUAUUACUCCUUCCGUCCCCCAAAAUUAUUGCCCAGUUUGGAUUUUCAGUUUUAGUUCAAAUUAUACUAAAAGUGAAAAUUCAAAUUGUAUAAUAAUUUUUUGAGAACGGGAGCAUUUCCGUCUUUUGCUUCCCCGUUCAUUUUCUUUUACUUAACUCAUGAGUCUUUUACUAAAUUUUGCAGGCCAUAUUGUUAUCAUCUCUGUGGUUCUGCUAAUAUUGUUGUUUCUUUUCCAAUAUUAUGGAACAAGCAAAGUGAGCUUCAUAUUCUCUCCAAUUAUGCUACUUUGGCUCUUGACCAACAGUGCUAUUGGAAUCUUCAACAUUUGCAAGCAUUAUCCUUCGAUGCUUAAAGCCAUUUCUCCUCAUUACAUUGUGCUCAUUGUUUCACGAGAUUCAAAAGUUGCAUGGACUAUCCUUGGUGCUGUAUUCUUAGGCAUUACAGGAGCCGAGGCAAUGUUUGCUGAUUUAGGCCAUUUCAACAAGAAAGCAAUCCAGUGGUCUUACUCAUUUCUGGUUUAUCCAUCCUUGAUUAUUGCCUAUGCCGGUGAAACCGCUUACCUAAUAAAAUACCCUGAAAAUAUUGCCAAUGCAUACUACAGUUCCCUCCCAAGUUGUGUGUAUUGGCCAAUGUUCGCGAUCUCUACCUUAGCAGCCAUUGUUGCAAGCCAGUCCAUGAUAUCUGCAACUUUUUCUAUCAUGAAACAAUCUCAAGAACUCGAUUGUUUCCCUCGAGUUUCCGUGAUUCAUACCUCUUCCAAGUACCAAGGACAAGUUUACUGUCCAGAAAUCAACUACGGCCUGAUGAUUCUUUGUGUUGGUUUAGUCAUUGGAUUCCAAGGUGGCACUGCUUUGGCUAAUGCUUAUGGGGUUGUUUGCAUUUGGGUGAUGAUCAUAACAACAAUGUUGACAACUUUGGUGAUGCUGGUCGUUUGGAAUUACAACAUUCUUCUAGUAUUGGCUUUCUUUGUGCCAUACAUUUUGAUAGAAGGAAUCUUCAUGACUUCACUUCUUAACAAGAUUCCUCAAGGUGGCUGGGUUCCAUUUGCCAUAUCUACUUUACUUGUCACAAUUAUCCUAUCAUGGAGAUAUGGAAGGAACAAACAAAUCAAGUACGAAACAGAAUGCGCCAUUAGUCCUCUUGAACUAAAUCAAAUGAUUUCAAGCCCACAAAUUUGUCGAACGCCAGGAAUUUGCUUCUUCUUAACAGACAUUGCUUAUGGGAUUCUUCCAGUUGUUGGACAUUACAUCCAGAAUGCUAGAUGUGUUCGAGAAAUAGUCGUGUUUCUGACUAUUAAAACCCUGCCUAUUGAUACUGUCUUGCCUGAUGAAAGAUAUAAUGUGGAGAAGCUGGGAGAUGAAAGGAUUUAUUUUUGUUUGAUUAAGUUGGGAUACAUGGAUUUCUUGAACUUGGAAGAAGAAACUCAUAAAAUUAUCACAAUAUUGGCUGAAUCAAGAGAUUCCUUUGGCAACAUGAUAGAGCAGAAACGUUUUGAUUCAUUUGAAGCAGAAUAUGGAACAGUUUUUGUGAUGGGGAGGAUGGCACUUAGGGCAAAAAGGGGUAAUGGAUGGCUUGAUCGUUUCGCCAUAGAUUAUGUGUACAAAUUCCUUGAGAAGAAUUGCAGUUCUAAUUUGACACGAGUUCGAAUUCCACCAGAAAAGACUCUGCAAGUCGGAAUUGUUGGCGGCGGUUUCCGGGUUCUCACCAUUGGCAUUGAUCUCCAACAUUGGAGAUCCCCUGAAGGUGGUAGCUUUGGUACAUAUAGUGAGAAAGCUGAUUUAUUAGCAAUAGCUGUAUAUGGUGUUUACUUCUUAAUUGGAAAAUUUGGUAAUGCUGCUGGAAAUUGCUUCAGUACUGAUGUAGUUUGCCUGGAAGUAGAAACAGAGGACUCUGUAUAUACCCGAUUUCCCGGCACAUUUUCGCAGCCGAUUGAGUCAAAAGUUGGCUCUUGCCAAUAUGGUGAAAGGGAUGGAGCUACAUGUGUGGGUUCUGGAAGACUACAAGAAAUCGAAAUGGUGGUCGGAAAUAAAGAUAUUACUUCCUUCCACAUUGUUUGGCGGUUUUCCACCGGAACUCGAAAAUCUUAUUCCAUACUUCACUGA